GAAUGAAACCAAACUUGGCAGUGCAGUGGUUCUGGUAACGUUCUCCCAGAAACAUGUGGAAGAUACUAGCUUUUUUCACCCUAACAGUAACCCUGGUUCCUACUGACAGUCUGCCGAAGUCUUAUUUUCAGUCCAGCAAACAUCAUGGCGUCAAGGCAGAUCCCCAGUUCACAGAGAAGUAUUUCAGUCAGACAGUGGACCACUUCAACUUUAACAGCAUGGGAAAUGGAACCUUCAAUCAGCGUUACCUGAUCACAGACAAAUACUGGAAGAAAGGCUAUGGUCCGAUCUUCUUCUACACCGGUAAUGAGGGAGACAUCUGGGAAUUUGCUCUGAACUCCGGCUUUAUCACAGAGUUAGCUGCUCAGCAGGGUGCACUGGUCAUUUUUGCUGAACAUAGGUACUAUGGCGCAUCUCUGCCAUUUGGCAACGAUUCCUUCAAUAUUCCUCAGGUCGGCCUGCUGACAGUGGAGCAGGCCCUUGCCGACUAUGCUGUCAUGAUCACUGAGCUUAAACAGCAGCUGCAAGCCACAGACUGUCCCGUCAUAGUGUUUGGUGGCAGUUACGGUGGAAUGCUGUCAGUGUACAUGAGACUCAAGUAUCCAAACAUUGUGGCUGGAGCUCUGGCAGCGAGCGCCCCCAUCCUGUCUACUGCUGGACUGGGAGACUCUAGACAGUUUUUCCGAGACGUUACAGCUGAUUUUGAGAGCAUUGCCCCUGAAUGCAGAGAUGCUGUAAGACAAGCUUUCCAUCAGCUGAAAGAGUUAGCUGAUCACCAAGAUUACAGUCGCAUCCAGUCAGAAUUUGCUCUGUGUAAGCCUCCAUCAUCUGCUAAGGACAUCCACCAGCUGAAUGGCCUGCUGAGAAAUGCCUUCACUCUAUUGGCCAUGCUGGACUACCCCUACAGCACUCACUUCAUGGGCAACAUGCCUGCCCACCCUGUCAAGGUGGCCUGUACAACCAUGCUGAGUGGCUUCAACCUGCUGGCUAACCUCAAGGACACUGCAGGGAUUGUAUACAACUCUACAGGGCUGCUGACUUGUUUUGACCUGUACAAUCUGUACGUGGAGUGUGCUGAUCCCACUGGAUGUGGACUGGGUUUCAACAGCCAGGCCUGGGACUACCAGGCAUGCACAGAGAUUGAACUGUGCUAUGAGAGCAACAAUGUGACGGACAUGUUUCCUCCCAUGCCCUUCACUGAGCGAGACCGUGAAGUUUACUGCUCCAAACGCUGGGCUGUAGUUCCACGACCAGGCUGGCUCAAAAUCCAGUUCUGGGCUGAUGCUCUCUCCACAGCCAGCAACAUUAUUUUCUCCAAUGGAGAUCUGGACCCAUGGGCCAAUGGAGGGGUGCGCAAGUCCUUGAGCUCAUCACUGGUAGCUCUCAACAUUUCUGAAGGAGCCCAUCAUCUGGACCUGAGGGAAUCUAAUGAGGCUGAUCCAGUGUCAGUAAUCAGAGCCAGGAAGACAGAGGCAGAGCUCAUCUCGCAGUGGGUGAAGAUGGAGAGGACCAGAAUACAAAAGUUAUCUUAAGGCACAGGUCCAAACUUUGUUUUACGACUGGGAUUAUGUAAAACCAGUUGACAUAAUAAAUAUGAAAAAGUGA